AUACAUGCAUUCAGACCAAAGACCAAAGUUAGAGAAAGCACUAGCAGCCAUGUAAAUAUCAGAGAGAGUGAUCUUGUCUUGAGGCUACAGCUUCCAAAUUAAUGGCCGUGAGUUUCUGCCACAUUCUACGCUUUCCUUCUCCUCCUAAAACUUCUCUCUUUUCACCUCCAUUCAAAUCAUCGAGAAUCAAACUCUCUGCCGCUUCCUCUCCCUCACAACCAUCAUCCGAGAUGGACCUCCACAACCAGGGACGUGCAAAAUUCCUGGAGUUCCCUUUCGUCUCCGUCCCUCACCGGGCUCUGAUGGUUAAUCUCUUGUCGACGGUAGAGAAUCGCCUUGGUUUGCAGCUCCUCCCUUGUACUCUUCCACUUGACGUACAGCACUGCCAGAACGAAAGUGGAACCGCCCAAGCCUCGCUUCACAUUAGAUCUGGUCAACAGUCUUCCACUGUUGAUUUCAUAUUGGGAAGUUGGCUACAUUGUAAGCUACCAACUGGCGCAGCAUUGAACAUAACAAGCCUUUCAGCCUAUUUGAACCUUUCAACUGAUGCGCCGAACUUCGUAAUCGAGCUUAUCCAGAGCAGUCCAACAUCUCUCGUCUUAAUUCUUGAUUUGCCUCCUCGAAAGGACCUUGUCCUUUAUCCAGAUUAUCUCCAAACUUUCUAUGAGGAUUCUCAGUUGGAAACGCGCAGGCAAAUGCUUCAGAAACUCCCAGAGGUUCAACCUUACGUCACUUCAUCCCUUUACCUUCGCAGCCUUCUCUCACCCACAGCGAUAAUGAUUCGUGUAGAAACUGAGGAAGGUGGAGCAGGCCCCAUGGAGGAGAUUGUAAAAAAUCACGUAGAGCCUGUUGCAGUAGAAGUUCUUGGCUUGUGGUUGGAUCAUUGUGCUUGUGGAGGGAGAGAGGCGAGGGAGGAGGAAAAGGCUUAUUUGAAGAAGAGGGACGAGCUUGUUAAGAAGAAAACCAUCGAGAUUGAUUUGGGAUCCAACUUUCCAAGGUUGUUUGGGCCUGAACUAACAGAUAAAGUAAUGGGAGCCAUACGUGAUGUUUACAAUGUAUGAGUUAAGGCUAAUUGUCAGGUGUUUCCUCUCUCAUAGAAAAUGGGUCCUCUUUAUUGUAUAACAAGUAAAUUUCACA